GUGCCCGGCAGACAGACGAAGUGGGAGCUGCGCGCGCUCGUUCCUGACGGAGCGACGGGAGCCGCGAUUUACACGGAGCGCGAGCGUGUCAGUGGCUGCGGGGGAGAGAGAGCGUGAGGAAGGAGUCGCGCGCAGUUUGUGUGAGGGAUCCACGAUGGCGGACGCCGCCUCCGCCGCCGAGGAGCGCGAGUCCUGCAGCGUCCUCACCUGGGAGCAGGUGAGCCGCCUGGACGAGGUGCUGAGCACGGCCGUCCCCGUCCACGGGCGCGGAAACUUCCCCACGCUGGAGGUGCGCCUGAGGGACAUCGUGCGCAUGGUGCGCGGCCGCCUCGAGCGCAAGGGCAUCGCCGUGAAGGACGUGCGGCUCAACGGCUCGGCCGCCAGCCACGUCCUCGUGCGGGACGCCGGCGGCCUGAGCUACAAGGACCUGGACGUGAUCUUCCGCGUGGCGCUGCCCCGCGAGGCCGACUUCCAGGUGGUGCGCGACGUGGUGCUGGGCUCGCUGCUCGACUUCCUGCCCGAGGGCGUCAACAAGGAGAAGAUCACGGCGGUGACGCUCAAGGAGGCCUACGUGCAGAAGCUGGUGAAGGUGUGCACGGAGACGGACCGCUGGAGCCUCAUCUCGCUGUCCAACAAGGAGGGCCGCAACGUGGAGCUCAAGUUCGUGGACGCCAUCCGGCGCCAGUUCGAGUUCAGCGUCGACUCCUUCCAGAUCGUGCUCGACUCGGUGCUGUCCUACUACGGCCUGGCCGAGGCGCCCAUGUCGCGCCACUUCCACCCGAGCGUGCUGGGCGAGAGCCUCUACGGCGACUUCGGCGCCGCUCUGGGCCACCUGCGCGCCAAGCUCAUCGCCACCAAGCGGCCCGAGGAGAUCCGCGGCGGCGGCCUGCUCAAGUACUGCCACCUGCUGGCGCGCGGCUUCCGGCCCACGGACCAGGAGGAGUUCCGCGCCCUCGAGCGCUACAUGUGCUCGCGCUUCUUCAUCGACUUCCCCGACAUCGGCGAGCAGCAACGCAAGCUGGAGGCGUACCUGCAGAGCCACUUCGUGGGCGAGGAGAAGAGCAAGUACGAGUACCUGGUGAUCCUGCGGCGCGUCGUCAACGAGAGCACCGUGUGCCUCAUGGGACACGAGCGGCGCCAGACGCUCAACCUCAUCUCGCUGACGGCGCUGCGCGUCCUCGCCGAGCAGAACGCCAUCCCCGACGCCUCGAGCGUCACCUGCUACUACCAGCCGGCGCCGUACGUGCGCGACCUCAACUUCAGCAACUACUACGUGGCGUCGUGCAGCCAGUCCAUCCCCACGUGGCUGCCCUGCAACUGACCCCGGUGCGUUUCCACCUCUGCCGGUUCGAAGGAUGUAUUUGAACGGGACAAUUUUUCUUUUUUUUUUUUUCUUUUCCCUCUUCUCCCCUCCUUUUUCUAAGGAGCCUUUCCUUGCCUGCAGAGGUGACCUUUGACCCCCUGGACCCAUAGUGCCUUUUAGUGUCUCUGGACAGUUAUUUUUUUUUUUCUCCCUCCCCCCCCCCACCUCAUUCACUGCUCUAUAGACAUUAUGCUUUUCUUUUUUUUUUUUUUUUUCCUUGAGCUGAGCGACGUCCUGGUUUGAAGAGUAAUUUAUGGGUUCGCCUCCGAUUGAUUUGUUUCUGAUCCGUCUUAAGACGGGGGGACGGGUUUGAGGUCUUUCCUGUGUGGAGAAAAGGGCCCAAAAAA